AUGCAUGUAGCUACAGUGGUUGAGGACACUGGUGAGGAAGUUGCAUUUCUGGGUUCACUGUCAGCGGACGCAAAUGACAGCCCAUGGAUGACAGACAUACAUGUGGAGAAUCUCAAUGCACGCUUUAAAAUUGACACUGGCGCAGACGUCACCGCUAUAUCGGAAAUGCUGUAUAACCAAGGCCAGUUCAGCAGGCUGGAGAAGUCAACGAGGGUUCUCCUGGGGCCAGGAGGGACUCGUCUGAAUGUGAAGGGCAAGUUCACCGCCACUCUCAGAAAAAACAGUAAAAGUACUAAAGAGGAAAUUUACGUUGUGGAGGGGCUGUGCACACCACUGCUAGGCGGGCUUGCUGCAGUGGCACUGCAGUUGGUCGCCAGAAUAAAUAAUGUCAGCCUGGACUCCAAAGAGACAGUAAAAAGGGAGUUCCCAAAGCUUUUCUGUGGACUAGGUAAAAUGGAGGGCGAGUACAACAUAGUACUGAAACCAGGCGCUCAGCCUUUCUCCCUCUCAACUCCCAGGCGCAUCUCCCUCCCACUCCUGCCAAUGGUCAGAAAGGAGCUGGACCGUAUGGAGCAGCAGGGAGUUAUCUCAAAGGUGGAGGGGCCCAAUGAAUGGUGUGCGCCUAUGGUGGUGGUGCCGAAACGCACAGGCAAGGUGAGAAUAUGCACCGAUCUCACACAGCUGAACAAAUCAGUUAUGAGAGAGAAGAACCCCCUCCCCUCAGUUGAACACACUUUAGGACAGCUCGCUGGAGCCAAAGUGUUUUCAAAGCUAGAUGCCAACACAGGCUUUUGGCAGAUUCCACUGUCCAAGGAGUCAACUCUGCUAACCACUUUCAUAACUCCGUUCGGGCGGUAUUGUUACAAUCGCCUGUGCUUUGGGAUCUCGUCAGCACCAGAACAUUUCCAAAAGCUCAUGUCAUGCAUCUUGGAGGGCCUAGUGGGUGUUCUGUGUCAGAUGGAUGACGUGCUCAUUUGGGGAGCCACACAGACGGAGCAUGAUGAGAGAUUGUGGAGAGUACUGUCACGACUGCAGGAGGCGGGAGUGACGCUCAACGACAAGUGUGAGUUUUCUAAGAGCAGGAUCAAAUUCCUGGCGCAGGUCAUCGAGGCAUCAGGCAUCAGUGCUGACCCUGAUAAAGUGAGUGCUGUAAAAGCUAUGCCAGCACCCAGUAACGUCAGUAAGGUGAGACGCUUCCUGGGAAUGACAAACCACCUGGGGAAGUUCCUGCCUCACUUGGCUGAGAGAACACAACCACUCAGAGACCUGCUGAAAAAGUCCAGUAUGUGGGCCUGGGGGCCGCAACAACAACAGGCUUUUGAUAACAUAAAAAAAGAACUGACGACACCCCCAGGGCUUGCAUUGUAUGACCCGAAUGCUGAAACGCUUGUCUCCGCCGACUCUUCCUCAUAUGGGAUGGGCGCCGUUCUUCUCCAGCGGCACACAGACACAGAGUGGAAACCUGUGGCGUAUGCCUCGAGAGCCCUCAGCAGCACUGAGCAGCGUUACGCCCAGAUCGAGAAAGAGGCGCUAACAUCAACAUGGGCCUGUGAGAGGUUUGCAGAGUUCCUCAUUGGAAAGAGUUUUCAUAUUGAGACAGACCACAAGCCCCUAAUUCCUCUACUAGGCUCAAAGAGCUUAGAUGAACUUCCUCCACGCAUACAGCGUCUGCGCAUGCGACUAAUGCGUUUUGCCUACACCAUAUCACAUGUGGCCGGCAAAGACAUUGCAACUGCGGAUGUGCUGUCCCGAGCUCCCAUCAGUCACACAGCAGAAGGAUUGCAAGAGGAGGAAAUCAACCUCUAUGUUGACUCUGUUGUAGUGAAUCUCCCAGCUACAGAAAAGAGGUUAAGAGAAAUUCAGAGACACCAGGACGACGACUCCACACUCAAGCACUUGAAGAAAUUCUGUGUCGAAGGAUGGCCAGAUAAAUUUUCAAUUAACAGAGUGUUUCAGCCAUAUCUGCAAUUUUCAGGUGAGCUCACAAUCCAAGAUGGUCUACUGUUGUAUGGCAGCAGGAUAGUCAUCCCAGCAUCACUCAGAGCGGACAUUCUGUCAAAGCUGCACGAGGGCCACCUGGGAAUAACUAAAUGCAGAGAGCGAGCUAAGUAUUCAGUGUGGUGGCCAGGGCUCAGCAGAGAGCUGACAAACAUGAUAGAGAAAUGUGAUGUGUGUAGCCGUGAAAGAGUCAAUUUCAAAGAAAAGAUGAUGUCUACUGAGUUUCCGCCAAGACCAUGGUCCACUGUAGGAGCGGAUUUAUUCCAGAUAGACAGCAGACAAUACCUGGUCAUCGUGGACUAUUUCUCCAGAUAUUUUGAAGUAGCCAAACUGACGUCUACAACAUCUGGAGCUGUGAUUGAUCACGUCAAGUCUAUCUUUGCUCGUCAUGGUAUACCUGAAGUGGUCCGCUCAGACAAUGGCCCACAGUUUGCAUCAGAGAUUUUCAGACAGUUCGCGCAGGAUUGGGGUUUUAGUCAUGUGACAUCCAGUCCCCAUUUCCCACAGAGCAACGGGGAGGCGGAGCGUGCUGUGAGGACAAUCAAAAGUCUUCUCAAGAAAUCCAGCGACCCUUAUCUAGCCCUGAUGGCUUAUCGAGCUGCUCCCCUGGCGAAUGGAUUCAGUCCCUCUGAACUUCUGAUGGGGAGGAAAAUGAGAACGCCAGUUCCUGUCAUUCCAUCCAAGCUCAACCCAGGGUGCGCAGACAUGGAUAACCUGAAAAGGACAGAGCAAACGUACAGACAAAAACUGCGACAGAAUUAUGACCAAAGACACAGAGCACGCGACAUGCCGUACCUUCAACCCGGUGAUCAUGUGUGGGUCAAAGAUACAUGGUGGUGUCUACUGCCGGCACGCCGAGGUCAUACAUCAUUGAGACGCCUGGGGGCACUCUGCGAAGGAACAGAUACCAUCUUUCACCAACCCCUGUGGCUCCUGGAGAACCUGCUAACUUAA